CAGAGACAAACUUGUCUGCGAGCGGAUGAACUGGUCGGAUCUUUGUUCUUCACAGCCAGACUAGCGACCUCUUUAUAUAUUGGCGCUUCUUCACUUAUAUGCCUCAAAUCUUUAUAAACAUUAUAUAACACUCUUUAUCUGAGCUCGUAGCUUCAGUAUAGGCUUGUAAUUUUUUUUGUGCUAACAUAUUUACCAAUUUUUUUAGUUAAUUAUUCCCUCCACCGACAAGGUUUAAUUGGACCAAGAUAGGCGCCGUGGGCACCAAGAUGUCGAACCGGAUGGUGUGCAGGGAAGCGAGCCACGCCGGCAGCUGGUACUCGGCCUCAGGAUCCCAGCUUAACUCACAACUUGAGGGCUGGUUAUCUCAAGCACAAUCUACAGCAGGUCCAGCUAGAGCCAUAAUAGCUCCGCAUGCUGGCUACACUUACUGUGGUGCGUGUGCUGCUCAUGCCUACAAGCAGGUGGACCCCUCUAUUACUCAGAGGGUGUUCAUUCUCGGCCCCUCUCACCAUGUGCCGCUGUCCCGCUGUGCCCUCUCCCCUGCUGAGGUCUACAGAACGCCACUGUACGACUUGAGGAUUGACCAGAAGGUUUAUGCUGAUCUGUGGAAAACGGGCAUGUUUGAGAGGAUGAGUCUGCAAACAGAUGAAGAUGAACACAGUAUUGAGAUGCAUCUGCCUUACACUGCUAAAGCCAUGGAGAGCCAUAAAGAUGAGUUCAGCAUUGUCCCUGUGCUAGUGGGCGCUCUGAGUGAGUCUAAAGAGCAGGAAUAUGGCAAGCUGCUAAGCAAAUACCUGGCCGACCCUUCCAAUCUCUUCAUCAUCUCCUCUGACUUCUGCCACUGGGGUCAACGCUUCCGUUACACCUACUACGAUGAAAGUCAAGGAGAGAUCUACAGAUCAAUCGAGCACCUUGACAAAAUGGGAAUGGGAAUUAUAGAACAGUUGGACCCCAUCUCCUUUAGCAAUUAUUUGAAGAAAUAUCAUAAUACUAUUUGUGGUCGCCAUCCCAUCGGUGUUCUUCUAAAUGCUGUGGCGGAACUGAAAAAGAGCGGCAUAGACAUGAACUUCUCUUUCCUAAACUAUGCUCAGUCGAGCCAGUGCCGAAACUGGUCGGACAGUUCAGUGAGUUACGCUGCUGGAGCUCUCAUCGUUCAUUGAGGUGAACUCUCCCGGAAGCCACAGAAGCCUCUUAGAAGACCCCAGAAUCCUGCCCCACCUCUCUUCCCUGUUCUUGACCAUAUAUCCCCAUACCCUCCUCACUCCCUGCCUCUUUUGUAGAAAGGACGUAAGAAGCUUGUCGCAGCUGGGAUCCACACCUUGAGUCCAGAUGUAACUAGUUACUAACCUCCUCUACCUUUCCUUACCCGCCUUUACUCUGUUUUUCCAGGUGAGACAACUUGGAUUAUGCUAUAGCUUGAAAUGCAGUCAGUUUUUGGGUGUUGCAAGGUCAGGUUUUUGGUUGGAUUUUGUUUUGUUAUGGAAGGGUCUUAAUGAGGCAUCAAUCUGCUCUUUAACCUCCAGGGACUUUAGGUGUCCAGCAAGACCUUGUGUAAUUUAAAAGUUUAAAUAAAAGAAAAAAAUCCAUAUUGACAUUGCAAUGUUUAUGCAAGUCUGCAUAUAUAAUCUACAUUAAAAGUGACAUAUCUUGUGUAAUGAGAAAGUAAUGAGAAAGGAAUUUAAUGACAGCAACACACUCUCCAUGCACACCCUGAUAUUUGUAGUAAUAACCUCUGCAUCGGUCCUCAUAAGCCUACGGUUGUAGUUUUUAACAAAAGGGCUACACAAUACCACUAACCCACCACUGUACCGGAUAUACCAAAAAAAUUUUUUUUUAAAGCUAAACUUUUGUUGUAGUCAAAUUAAAGUCUGUUCUCUGAUUCUUAAUUUGUUCUGUUUAUUUUUCCCUUUAUUGUUACCACUAUUUCCCAUUGUUUUAUACCGUUAAAUACUGUUUUUAACCUUGAACUUUAUUAUGCUUUUGUUUAACAUAUAAUCACAAACUGUGUGGUAGCAUAAACGGAGAGUAUUGUCUUCUGAAGUGCAGUACAUUUGAGUUAAAGGAAUGUUCCAGGAUCAGUACGUGUUAAGCUCUAAGAACAACAUUUGUGUCUUUAUGUUGAUUACCAUAAAAAUCUAAUUUCGAUGCAUUGCUCGUUUAUUUAAUAAAACAAUAAAAAAAAAAUUAUCAUGUUUACAUUAAGGUGCUUUCUAGAGAUGGAGUACUUGAGUCCGAGCCACCAGUCGAAUUUACUCAGACUUGACUCUGACUUGAGCCUUUCAAACAAAUAAAUAGCAUAACAUAAGGUGACCAUACGUCCCCUUAUCCCAUUUUUUAAGACGUGAAAAAAGUGUCUGGACAGGAUUUCAAAAUUGCCUCUAAAUAUUUGGCUUUAUCUUUAUAUUGAUGUGCUCUGUGCGGGAAAGAGAUCGCCAUUCGCCGGACGUGCUCUGCCGCUCUCAUCCAGAAAUAUCAAUAACAUAAGUAGACCUUAAAAAGUACGUUUCUCAACUGCAAAUUAUUAAAUAGAACACAUGUUUUAUCAGACUCAUGCUUACUGCACAAAGUCAUUUCUAACUGAAAAUGUUGACUAUAUAGAGACAAAAUCAAAUGUACUAUGUAUCAGGGACAUUUAAACUAAUAUGAUGGAUGAAGUAGACUAUUAUGGAAACUGUACAACUCAGUCCAUCACAUAUUUGUAGCGCAACCUCUGUGUGUUACCUGUAAAGCUGGCACUUGCAUUUUAGUGGCAAAAAAGUCUAUUCUCUAUAGAGGGGAGAAGUCUCUAUUCACCUAUUAUAAUAAUAUAAUGUGAAACUAACGAAACAUCAGCCCAAGGUGAGUUUUAUCUUGACUUUAGGGAAGAAGGCCACACCUGGACACAGCAGAGGACUGAAAUGUUUGAAGUAUAGCAUUGUAGAAUAUAAAUAUUUUUCAAUGGUAUCUUUUCUGUUUUUAUUUUGUUGUAUUUAAUUUUAUAGGCAUUAUUAAAAGUUUUAAUAUGACCAUUUAUUAAAUGUAUUUCACCCAUAAAUUUAGAUAAAGCUAAACUAAAUUGAAUGGACAAAUUAAUAACUCUGUAUUAUUUCGCUAUAAUGAUUAAUGCACCUUUCACUUUGGUGAAUGUUUGAGUGGAGGAAAAAAGCAACAAAUAAUAGAAAUGUCAACAGAACGCAAUAAGAAGUGUGUUGAAGUGUGUCUUCAUACACUUAAAGCAUAAAUUUGUUCAACAGGAUACUAAUAAUUUAUUUUUUUUGCAUUUAUAUUGACAAAUUGUAUUUCUUAGUUGUGAAGGUUAAAAUAAGCUAAAAAUAUUAUUUUCAUAAUUUACGGAUACAAUUUUAAUUCAGAUUUUUGAACAGAUUAAUUCGGACUCUGGCCCUUUUGGACUCGGACUCGAUGGUUUAAAGACUCAGACUUGACUCUGACUCAACUUAGGUGGACUCAAACCCAACACUAGCACUUGCAAUGCAAGUGAAUGGUCCAGUCCAUUAACAUUAAAAACCGUUUCAAAAGAACAGCCACAAGACGUAAACAUUAUAAAGUUUAUUUGAUUGUGCUAAAAUCGCUUAAUAACCUUGUCUGUGUAAAGUUAUGUCCAGUAUUACAACUUGGUUUUCAUGACAACAUUACAGCCAGGUAAUAGCCUUUAACCUGGUGAACACCAUAAUGCUGGUAAAUCUGAUUUUAUCACGUUAAGUCAAAUUGAUUUGUAUAGUGCUUUUCACAAAAGGCAUUGUUUCAAAGCAGCUGUAUAUGAAAUUAUGGUAUAUCAGAAAAUGUAUGAAUAUAAUGCCAAGAUUAGUUAUGUUUAGAACUAUUAGUGGUUAAAAUGAGUAAACUAAGUGUUAUAGGUCAAGGGUUAAACAAAAUUAUUUAGUAUGAACUAUAAGUUUUAGUAUUAAAUUCUUUGAAGGCAUCCCGAAUGAACUGAGGAAAUACAUGUAGAUGCAUUGUCCAUUGAUUUGGGCCGAUGAAUGCUUUUGUUAGUGGUUAAUUCAUUUUCUAUGUAGUUGAGGAGCAUCGCAGUCCAGCUGGAUAUAAUUUUGGUGAACUCCAUCCUGAGUCCAUACUUCAGAAAGAGGCUCAUGUAGAAUCCCAUGUCUUUGAGUUUGCAUUAUUUCAUACUCCGUGAAGUCUGUCUUAGUAGACUGAAGUCUGGCUGGCACAUGCUGCAGUUGGUCAUCACUCAGUGAUAAAUCCAGAGGUUUAGACAGAGAAAGAAAUAGAAUAAAAUUAGCGUAGAUGCCAUUCACUUUAAAGCAGGGUUAAAGAAUAAGAUAAGUGUUUUUGGUUCCGGCAGACCUAACCAAAGCAGAAUAACUAUGAAUUGUGGGAUAUAUUAGGUGUAUGCCUGGCUGAAUAGAUAGGUCUUUAGUCUAGACUUAAACUGAGAGAGUGUGUCUGAGUUCUGAACAGUGCUAGAAGUCCAUAGUUUAGGAGCCAAAUAUUAAAAUGAUCUCCCUCCUUUUGUGGAUUUUGAUAUUCUCUGUAUUGUUAACAGGCCUGAGUUUUAUCACACCUAUAUGGCUGUAAUUUUGAAAUGUAUACUUUUGUAUUUAUGGCCUGACCCCAUUCACUUCUAUUGUAAUUGCCUUACUCUAACCAUGACUUUUGCUUUUAUAUAUAAACAAGGGACGAGUCAAAAUGAUUUUUUGUGUUAAUCAACAUUAGGCCACAAAAGCUGUCGAUUAAACUUAAAGGAAUAGUUCACCCCAAAAAAAAACUCACCCUCAUGCCAUCCCAGAUGUGCAUGACUUUCUUUCUUCAGCUGAACACAAACGAAGAUUUUUUGAUCUUCGUAUGUGUUCUGCAGAAGAAAGAGUCAUACACAUCUUGGAUGGCAUAAAGGUGAGUAAAUGUUGAGAGAAUUUUAAUUUUUGUGUGAACUAUCCCUUUAACUUGUUUGAACCCAGAACAUUCCUUGGGGCUUGAGACAAAAUUACAAGGGUGAGCUCUCUCCUCCAUACUCCAUGUCUCCAGAAUCCUCUUAUUCUUCUUAAUUGUUUUAAUUUUCCAUAAUUAGCAGACAUGAUUAAUAGCUGACCAGUAGUUAGUGAUGCACACCCAUAUCGAGGAACUGCCAGAGGUGCAGUUUUGAGUCCCACUUUCUUGGCUUAGGCAUUUGUCUAGCUUUCCUCUUAACCUAUCUACUCCAGGCCUCCCAAAGAGCACAAUGCAGCGAGAUCUCCACCGUACACUUGGUCACCAUGUGAGGGAAAAUGGCAAAAACUCUCUAUAUCCCCGUUGAGGUUUGAGUGUCUUAAACCAGAUCCUCAAACAGAAAUCAAAGCAUGUCAUAACAUGCAAAUGUGCCUUGGGUCAGUGUUAAACAUUUAUUUUUUUGUCCUGUGCUUUCCACCCUCCAGCUACCCAAGGUCAGAAAGGACUUGAUUUAGUCUGUCUUUAACUGCAUUGGAUCAGUUUUCACUGUACAAAGUAGAAGGGAUCAUCAGCUUCACCAGUUCAUUGUCAGAGAGCCCAGCCCAACACCUGUUCUGGAGAAUUAUUCUCAUACUGUACUGUUAGAACUGUUUAAGUUUUUAUGUUGGUGCCGUUGUUUAUCAUUCUAACUAUUACUGCAUUGAAAAUAGCAGUUCACACAUUGUCAAACCUAUGUCAGAAUCAACUGAAGCGCUCCUUAGCGGAGUCAUUUUUGAAUCUCAGGUUAUAUUGAAGCAUUACAGAAUUCUCGCCAGAUAUAACUAAAGGGUCAUGGCUGAUGUUGCAAAAAAAAACAAACAAUAAAGUGUAAA